AAGCCUGAGAGAAAGCAAUCCAAUCCAAGCAACACAGUUUUCCCCAAGCCAUCAUCAUGGCAUCCAUAGCCCGUGAUGAAUCCGACUAUGACAGCAGCUGCUCCUCCAUCACGGUGCCGGACUCCUGCAGCCGCAGCUGGAUGAGCAACCUCAGCUUCAGCAGCCGCCGCAGCUCUAUCUCCGCCGGCGAUGCCUUCUUCUCCAAACCCCACAAGACCAACCAGGCCGCCUGGGAAGCCAUUCGCCGGCUCCAAUGCGAGAAAGGCCGCGUCGGCCUCGAGCACUUCCGCCUGCUCCACCGACUUGGCAGCGGCGACAUCGGCAACGUCUACCUCUGCCAGAUAAGGAACCCAGUGGUGGGGCUGCCCCAGUGUUUCUAUGCCAUGAAAGUGGUGGACAGGGAAGCUCUCGCUAUAAGAAACAAGCUGCAGAGGUCGGAGACGGAGAAGGAGAUUCUGGGCAUGCUUGAUCACCCAUUUCUCCCGACUUUGUACGCCGAGUUUGAUGCUUCCCACUACUCUUGCCUGGUCACCGAGUUCUGUCCCGGCGGGGACUUGUAUGCCGCCCGGCUACGGCAGCCGACGAAACGCUUCAGCCUUUCGUCUGCUAAGUUUUAUGCAGCAGAAACGCUCUUAGCCCUAGAGUAUCUCCACAUGAUGGGCAUCGUUUACAGAGACCUAAAGCCAGAAAACGUGCUUGUUCGAGAAGACGGCCACAUCAUGCUUUCGGAUUUCGAUCUGUCACUCAAAUGCGAAGUUGUUCCAAAGGUCAUUCGCCGGAAAGCUGACAUUACAGAACCAAACGAUCCCAAGAAUGACGGCUGCUUAACACCUUCUUGCGCCACGCCAAUGCAGCCUGUUCUCUCUUGUUUCUCAUCUUCCACCAAAAGAUCACCAUGCCGAGCUUCCAUCAACACAAAUAUCGCAACAACACAGGCUUAUCUUCAAGACUACAGCCCAGAAUUGGUGGCCGAGCCGAUCGACGCCCGGUCAAAAUCAUUCGUCGGAACUCACGAGUAUCUGGCGCCGGAGGUGAUCUCCGGGCAAGGCCACGGGAGCGCAGUCGACUGGUGGACGCUUGGGGUGUUUUUGUUCGAGCUUCUGUACGGGAAGACGCCGUUCAAAGGAGAGAAUAACGAGAGGACUUUGAUUAACAUAUUGAAGCAGCCGGUGAGCUUUCCGAGAAUGGGGGUGAGUAGCAGCAAGGAGUACGAAGAACUGGUGAAAGUUCAGGAUCUUGUAAGCAAGCUGCUCGUGAAGAAUCCCAAGAAGAGAAUCGGGAGCUCGAAGGGCUCGACUGAGAUCAAGAGCCAUGAGUUCUUCAAGGGUAUGAAUUGGGCUUUGAUAAGGUCGGUGAGGCCGCCCGAAGUUCCCGGUGAUCGGCACAAGGCGAGGAGUAGUAGUAGUAGAGCUGUAUUGCCAAAGCUAAGCAAAAAGGAAAUAGAAGCACCGUAUCAGAUUCCCCGUCACUUUGACUACUUUUGAUUGUAAAUAAAGGGUUUAAUUAGUUGAUUAACAGGAAGAGGCAAAUACAAUCGUACGUCCAUGACACUAAACAAAGAGCUGUUUCCUUUUCUUUGUUUCUGUUAUUGGUGACUAAGGUCAUAUAAUUUAGGAUGUAAUGAAAAAGUAAUUAAGAUUUACUAAAUUCGAACUCAAAAAUUUGAAGUGUGUAACUCAACUAUCCACCACUCAACUCUGAUGGUCUUCCUCUCUUC